AUGGAGUCGAACCAAAAGCUUGGUUCCAAGAGGCUCUACGCAGACGCGUUCGACGCAGCAGACGACACCAUGUUCUCCUUUGGCCAGACCGGGGACCUGUUUGAUCGAGGGCUCGACCAAUUAAUGACGUACAUGGGCGAAAUGGGGGGGAUUGCUGAGAAGGAUAACAAAGUGCUCCCUAAUGCGGACAGGCUUCUGCCUGAUGAUGUUCCCGAGGAGUCCGUUGGGGAAGGAGGCAGCCAUGACAAUUUCGGCAUGUUCGAUUCGAACCCGUUCGGUACCGUGAAUCUCGCUGCGUCGUUUCCGGAAGGCUCGUGCGAGCCGCAGCUUGUCCCGUGCGCUCCGAAGCCGGCUGCGACGACGACGACGACGAACGACGUCGCCGACUCGGUCGCAGACGGAGCGUUCGGAUCGCCUGACGCGUUCAGCUCGCCGGACGGCUUCGCGUCGGAGGAUCUCAAUCUGUCGUUCGGGAUGGAUGACGUGGAUGCGUUGAACCAGCAGGACCUUCGUUACAAUCUCAUGCUCAGAGGAGCGGGCCUUGCAGAGCAUUCUACUGAGGAUGCUCCGUCGCAUCCCAAGAUGGAGUAUCCAGCGCAUCAUCCGAUGAACCACCCGAUGUAUCCGCCGCACAUGCCGCUCUACUACCCGGGAAUGCCCACCAUGCCGGUUCCCUACUACGGCAUGCCGUAUCCUCCCUUCGCGUACAACCCGUGGAUGACUCCUUACUCCUCGCCCUUCAUGCCUCCCCAACAUGCUAUGCCUGGAACCAACGCAAUGCCCACCGACCCUGCUGCCAUCGCGCGUCAACGUCGCCUGGUCGCGGAUUCCGCGCGCGGAAAGCGACGACGACACGCGCACCACGCGUCCUCGCAGUUCCCUUCCGCCGUAUCUUCCGCCAUGCCUUCCGCGAUGCCUUCCGCGUCCCUCUACGGCCACCCCAUCUCGCAAUCCUCACCGUCCAUGCUCCCUUGGACUCACGUCAAUCCCGAAGCCGCCGACUCCGCGAACACAGCUCCCUCUUCGCCUUUCGUUCCCGCCGCUCCUCUCCCGCCGUUAUCCCCGGCCGUCGUCCCGUCGUCUCCGAAAGCCGUCGCGUCCCCCGCACGGUGCGCCUCGCCCGUUCCCGCGUCGUCCGCUGCUGCAAUGGGGAAAGCCGGCGCGGGGAAGGCUGCGGCGAAGAGUCCGCUGGGUAGAGCUGCUCCCCCUCCUGCUGCUGGUGGUAAAUCUUCUGCCGUGAAGUUUUCGGCAGGCGCGGAGGUCGCCGCUGCUCCAGCCGCUGCCCUGCCUUUUUCGCCUGUCCUUAAGAUUGAAGAGGACGAGUUUGUUCCUACCGCUGAGGCUCCCGCUAUUCCCGCUACCGUUUCGCCGCCUGCGUCCGGGCAGCAAGCUAAGGGAGGGAAGGCCACGGCGAAGCAGCAGCGGGAUGAGCGGCGUGUGAAGCGGCUGCUGCGGAACCGCGUGAGCGCGCAGCAGGCGCGGGAGCGGAAGAAGAAUUACGUGUCUGAGCUGGAGCAGCGGUGCGAGGUGGUUGAGAGGAGUAACGCGGAGAUCGAGGGGGAGAUUGCUGCGCUGAUGGCGGAAAACGAGCGGCUGAGGAAGUCCAUGCGGAGAGCCAUCAGGGAGACUGGAAUAAGCCAGAGUUCUGGCGAAUCGAAUCUCGAGAAUGUCGCUACGGGCCGUCUGAUCUUCGUUCCCACUGUAGCUCGCGCAACGGAGUGGGUGUUCCGCCGUCUACCCCCUGAAUUGUUUUCCACAUCGCUUAUCGAAGACUAUCCAGGUCAUAACAGCACAGCACAGCAAGCCCUCGAGAGCCUAGUGGUGUGGGAUUCGGUCUUCUUCCACCGCAUUGCCCUCUGUGGCUACGAGUUCGAACAGGCGUACGCCUUCUUCCCCCUCCUGCCCUUGCUCAUGCGACUCCUUGCCACUGCCACACCCUUCCGUCUGCUUCUCCCCAUUCUCGGAGCACCAGCCACGUUCGCCCUCGUGGGACUGCUCCUCUCAAAUGCCGCUUUUGUUGCAGCAGCUUACUGCCUCUUCAGGCUGACCGAAUGUGUUCUCUCGGACACGCGCCUGGCCCUCCUCUCCUCCCUCUUCUUCUGCCUCACCCCCGCCUCCACUUUUUACUCUGCCAUCUACUCCGAAAGCCUAUUCGCUCUGCUCUCCUUCGCUGCCAUGUGGCGCGUUGUGAGUGGCCGAUGGUUCUCGGCAUCCCUCCCAAUCGCCCUCUCAGCAGCAGCUCGCUCCAACGGCGUCCUUCACGCGGGCUUCUUCCUCUUCUCCUCCCUGCAGGUAUAUUGUCUGCUAUGGUGUGUCGCCCUCUCAGCAGCAGCUCGCUCAAACGGCGUCCUGCAUGCAGGCUUCUUCCUCUUCUCACUGCUGCAGGUGCGCGCCUCUAGUGAGUCUGCAGGUAUGUUCCUCUUCUCAUCGCCCUCUCAGCAGCAGCUCGCUCCAACGGCGUCCUGCAGGCAGGCGUCUUCCUCUUCUCCCUACUGCAGUGUUGCUCCGCUCUUCCCUUCCACUCCACCCCUCCAACCCCCCAUCAGGCGGCAGGUUCCCUCACCCUACGACUGCUGUCACGCCAUCUGCUGCAGCGGCUGUUCAGUGCUCCCUCUCCCUCCCCCUCACCUUUCCCUCCUUUCCCCUUCCUCUCCCCUCAUCCAUUCGCCGUCAACCAAUUACUUCCCAUUUCUCCCUUUUCUUGCUGUCCCCGUCCCCUCCCCCUACCCCCUUCCCCUCUCCCCUCCCCUCCCUCCCCUCCCCCCCCUUCUCCCCCCUCCCAGGCUCCUCCCCAUCCUUCUCUCCACUGCCCUCUGCUGCCUCUUCUCCUUCUCUCUCCUCCUCUCCUUCCAAGCCUUUGCCUUCACCCAACUAAGCCCCUUUUCUCUUCCGCUCCUCCCCAUCCUCCUCUCCACUGCCCUCUGCUGCCUCCUCUCCUUCUCCCUCCUCCUCUCCUUCCAAGCCUUCGCCUUCACCCAGUUCUGCCGCCCUGCUGCUAGCAACACGCCCCUGGAGGUCCCCCCGUGGUGCAUGGACACGGUUCCUUACAUCUACGGCUAUGUGCAGCGCAAGUACUGGGACGUGGGAUUUCUCCGAUACUUUCAGCUGAAGCAGCUCCCAAACUUCCUCCUAGCAGCGCCAACCCUCCUCCUCUCCCUCUCAGCCAUCCUCUCAUUCGCUCUCACCCGCCCCCUCCUCUUCCUCUCUCUCGGCCUCCUCUCCUCUCCCGCUGACCACCACCACCUCCUCUUCCUUCCACCCGCCAACCACCCCCAAGCACGGGAGAGGAAGGAGGAAGUGGAGGAGGAAUGGGAGGUGGAAUGGAGAGAAAAUGACCGCUGGUGUGGAUGCAAGGGGUUUUUUUCCGCUGCUGCUCUUCCAUUCCUGCUGCAGCUGCUGUUCAUGACGGCAGUGGCAACCCUGGUGAUGCAUGUGCAGGUGAGAACUCCUCCCUCUCCCUCUUACCCUCAAUCGCCUUCCACCCCACCACCUCGCAACUCCCUCCUGUUAGAGUUGCAGGUGGCCACUCGCUUUCUCUCCUCCUCACCUCCUCUCUACUGGUUCCUGGCGCAUCUCCUCACAUCGGGACAUUCCAAACAGUCUCAAUCCAAACCCCCAUCCCCCUCACCCCGCAAAUAUCUUCCUUUUGAGCUACAGGUGGCCACUCGCUUUCUCUCCUCCUCACCUCCUCUCUACUGGUGGCAACUCGCUUCCUCUCCUCCUCACCUCCUCUCUACUGGCUCCUGGCCCAUCUCCUCAAAUCGGGUUAUGCCAAGCAGUGGCUACUCGCUUCCUGUCCUCCUCACCUCCUCUCUAUUGGUUCCUGGCCCAUCUCCUCACAUCGGCAAAUACCAAGCUCUCUAA